GUCGUGAAAGCUUGUUGUGGGUCCAUGCACACCGUCCUCCUGACAGGAAAGGGGAAUGUUUACAGCUGUGGCAUGAAUGUUUUUGGGCAGUUAGGGCAAGGAAAAUUGAUGCAGUUUGAGGAAACGAUGAACAAUCAAACUUCUUCGUUCAUUGUAGAUGUCGCAUGUGGAUACGAUCAUACACUCAUGAUCUCGAACGAUGGCUCAGUCUUCUCUUGUGGAUGCAAUGACAAGGGUCAACUUGCUCUGAAUCACUCUAACCACGUCGAGGUUCCCAGACGUGUCAAUAUC